AUGUCUGUACAGGCCUUGCAGAAAGAUGUGGCCGAGACUGCAAUUUCUGGAACACCGACGACAAGAUACGAGAUUUGUGAGACACUGGGCAAGGGAACUUAUGGUGAAGUUGUGAAGGCAAAGGACAAGCGGACCAGGCAAGUGCGCGCCAUCAAAAUCAUCAACAAAGAGAAGGUCCACGGAGAUAUGGAAUUUCUGAAGCAAGAGAUCCAGAACCUUAUCCAGCUUGAUCAUCCCCAUGUGCUCAAGCUUCUGGAAUUCUACAACAGUCACGACCAAGUUUUCCUCGUCACAGAUCAUUGCUCCCGCGGCGAAUUGCACAAGCACAUUAGCUGCUGCCUCAAAUCCAGAGUAUAUGAGAGCCAGGUGUGGAUUGCCCACGUGAUGCAGCAGGUCUUGUCAGCUAUUACUCAUAUCCAUGCCAACGGGAUUAUCCAUUUGGACAUCAAGUCGCAGAACAUCAUGCUUAUGCCUGCCUUGGAGACAAAAGCGCAGUUUCUGCAAGCCGACUUGCUUUCUAGUGUUGACCUUUAUUUUCACACCCUGAGGAUUCCUCAUGUGAUGGUCAUCGAUUUGGGCGUGGCCACAAUUUUUCAGCCUGGAAAUUUCAAGCGUGGCAAUCCCAUGGGCACACCAGCCACUAUGGCGCCUGAAGUGUGGCGUGGAGAAAUCACGCCGAAGGCAGAUGUCUUCAGCUGUGGGUGUGUGCUCUUUGAGAUGCUCAGCUUCCAAAUGCCAUGGGACUUCAAGUACCGUCCGACUCCUGGAACGACGUCCGAAUGCGAUUCCUCAAAACAAUGCUCCGCAAAGGAACGGAUACUGCAUGCGCCUUCUGAUGCGACAGCAAUGGUGCUCAAGAUGCUUGAGCAGGAUCGGCCGACCCGCUUGACUGCAGCUGAUACUUUGAGAGAGCCUUUUGUCCAGCGUGCUUCCACUGCCAUUCCGGUGACGCAGAUGGAGAAAGGGUUGAAAUUGGUCAACCGGUUGGUCACGACGUGCGAGCGGGAUGCAUUCUACAAGCUCAUAUGCCUGAAGAUAGCACAGGAGUGGCCUCCAAACGAAAUGCCUUCCUUCAAGGGUGUUUUCAAAGAGUUUGAUGACGAAGGCACAGGAAUGUUGCAGGAGUCUAUCUUGGUCCGGAAGUUUGUCAGCUGUGGUUAUGACGAGCAACAAGCCAAGCGCGCUGCAGCUGCCAUGAAUUUGAGCCAGAAUAAAAAUGCAGUGGACUGGACCGAGUUUGUAGCGGCUUGCAUAGACUUGGGUAACCCAAAGAUUGAGCCCUGCAUUCAAAUGAUCUUCCACAAUGCGGACAAGGACACUGAUGGACUUCUAUCUCUCCAAGAUGUUCGAUCUCUGCUUCCGGAGGGCCAUCGCAAUGCCAAAGAGGCUGCGCAAGCCAUUUUCUUGCAAAUUACUGGUCGAGCGUCAGAGACGGGAGGUGAGCGAAUGGACUGGCACUCGUUCAUUACUCAUCUUCGGAGGCAAGCCCGAUCUGGCAUGCCAGAUGAGCCAUCUCCAGUGGAGGCGCGAACUGAACUUGGCAUUCUUCAACCCAAAAGACAGCUCUUUUGCUUGCAACCAAGCAGUUAUAGCCUCCAUUUUUGGUCAAUUCUGAGAAUCACGGCCCAACAUGUUCUAAGGAGAUUCGCUACGAGGCCUUCAGCUGGAGUUUUUGUUGGUAUCUUGCUAUUAGGUUGGAGGCAAUCGCUAGUAGGUUAG